AAAAAGUUUCAAAUACUAAAUACAUCCAUCAUAAAGACGUCAGUUCAUAAAGAAUAUAGUUUUUUUUUUAUAUUCCAUUAAGGCUAAUUUUUUAUAAUGAGAAAGUUGAUUCCAUCAAAACAUUUCACAAAUAGUUGUUGUGAUAGGAGCAUAACUCAAGACGGUCCCAAACAACUUCUUUUUUCCAAUAACUGGGCUACCAGGAAUGAUUCAGCAAACGUUGCAUUAGCACUACAACCAGAAUAUUUAUUGAAUUCUCGAAGAAAAUGUUUCAAAAAUGUUCCCUUCAAGCCAAGUAAUACAAAUAACGUAUAUCGCAAAAGUUGCUUGGGUUCAAAUAAUUGUUAUUGCAAAGAAACUUCGAUAAAGCCACCAGGGCUAUUAUUGAGAAGGCCUAAUAAAUGUUUAUCAUUGGAAGAAUUCGAAGAUAGAUUUCACAAUAAAUUAAAUACAAAAGGACGUAGUUCUUUCCACUGUUUCUGCAAAGCCAAUUCUGAAUUAACAGACCAUAUCAAUAGAGUACAAUCAAUUCAGAAUGAAUUUGAAAACGAAAAUCUAAAAAUUACGGAUCAAAGAAAGGAGUACGAAAAAUUUCGAGACAAUGAAUAUGAUGAAUAUCUAAAAGAUAUUGAUCAGUAUAGAACAUUAACUAUUAUGAGUACACGAAAUCCAAAUACAAUAGCAACCGGUUCCAGCGAAUAUGUUACAGAAGGGUUAAAUUCGGACGAUUUAAAUUUGUUUGCAAAAAGUACAGACGAAGUAGCAAGUGAAAGAGAAUGCGACAUCGACAAAAUAAAUGGAAAUACCAACAAAUAUAUACCAAGAUGCACAUAUUCAUCGUUUAAAGAGGAAUAUAGUGAUUAUUUAAAAAGCAAAUUGUGUGGAGACAAAUCAUUUUCCAGAAAAACCCGUUCAGAAUUUGCCACUACUAAAAAUUCAUCAUCUGAAAAAUCUGUGGAAAAUUUGAUAACAGAUGGCGAACAAUUGUUUGAGAAUCGAUAUACCCAGAACAAAUUAACUUCAACUAAAUGUGUAUGUAAAUGUAAUAACCAUAUCCCAUACGAACCUAACGCAGGAAACGUACUCUCCUCGUCACCUCUUAUCCAAAAAGACGGGAGCUACUUAAAUGUGAAUGGACGCGACAAAAAUUCAACGGAAAUGACCCAAACAAAUUUAUCUGGUGAUGGUAGUAUGAAUAUAUCGGAUAUAAGAAAAUUUAGGGAUAAAAAUUAUUUUGAAACACAUCAUUUGGAUAAUUUCGAAUUUGAUAGAAAUGAUGUGACCGCAACAGAAUUAGAUACAAACAGUGAGCGUCUUUUGUAAUAAGAACUAUUGGAAUCUAUUUUCAGACAUUCAAAGUCGACUGAACAAUUUUCUGAUGGCGUAACGUUUCAAAAAUUGAGAAAUAUCACGAAAUGCUAUAAAUUGGGAUUGGCACCAAAUACGGUGAUCAAAACAGACUCCUCUAUUAAAAUUGAUGUUAACGAAAAGGAUGUUUAUAAUUACCCCAAAUUUAUAGGUCGAUAUGAAAAACCUCGUUAUGUGAAUACCUUCGCUUUGAGGCAACAAAAAAUGACAACUUAUCGACAUUGAAGAUCACCCCAAAACUAGCUAAAUAAUUGAAACACAAAUAAAUUUUUUAUUUCUACAA